AUGUCUCCGGACGACUUGCGCCUGCUGCAAGCAGCUAGCGAAUUGGUGGCGAGAGACCUGGUAGUGAAGGUGUCGGCGACUCCGUCGAUGCGGACAUUCUACCGCGUUGAAUCGCUAAAUAAAUAUAAACGAAGAGGUGAUCAAAAGGACGUCGACAUGUCAAUGGAUAGUGUGACGCAGCCGUUUGACGACUCCAUGGUGAGUGGCAGCGGAGCAAACUACUACAAUUGCUUCAGCCACUACUGCACGUGCAUGGCAUUCCAUGAGACGACAGUGACGUCGCACUCGACAGCCAUGUGCAAGCACAUGGUGGCGCGGUUACUGGCGGAUGCGACCGGCCAGUACCAGACCAUGCAAGUCGAGGAUGACCACUUCGCACAGAUGCUCUGUCCUCCUCCAUCAGUCGACAAGGACGAGAGAAUGUUCUCACCAAGUCGGUGA